AAUGAGGAAACUUGCCCUCAGAGUGAAGAACUUCGUCCUCAGAGUAAAGAACUUUGUCGUCAGAGUAACGAACCUUGUCCUCAGAGUGAAGAACCUUGUCCUCAGAGUGGAGAACCUUGUCCUCAGGGUGAAAAACCUUCCCCUCAGGAUGAGAAACCUUGUCCUAAGAGUGAAGAACCUUGUCCUUAG